AUGAUUGAAAUGUCGAGAGACGAGAUAAACCAGCUAGUUUCGAAGUAUCUUGAGGAUGAGGGGUACAUAUACACCCUGUUUACAUUUAGAAACGAGGCCACGCGCAGUGACAAGCCGCUCUCGCACAGCCUGAUAUCUCUUGUGGGCAAGGGGCUGCAGUAUCUGUAUGGAAGAAAGCAUCUCCGGGGGAGCGAGGUGGUUCCCUGCGAGGCGAAGUUCUCCUUGUCCGAGGAACACGUGUGUGACUUCGGAGGGAAAGAGCCCGGGAGUGGUGGGGCGGAGCAUGGGUCGAGGGAGAAGAAGGCCAUGGAUGUUGGGGUUGAAGAGGUUUGCUUGGAUGGGGUGGGGAACGGGCUACUUUCCUGCUGGAAUGGGGAGCGCCUUGGGGUUUACACGGCAUCUGGGGAGAUUCUUGGGUUUGGGUCUGGAAAUCUUCUGUGGAAGAAGGACAUUCGGGGGCUUACAGCGCUGUCUUGGAGUGGCGACGACUUGGUUGUUGGAAACGAGGGCGGAGAGGUGAUAACUAUCAACAUUCCGAGCGGAAGGACAAGGAGCUAUGCAUGCCAUAGCAAGGGUGUUACAAGAAUAAGACAGCGCGGAAGAGGGAUCCUCUCCUCCGGGAAGGACGGGCGCAUAGUCAUGAUGAACAAUGGAAUUGUGGAAGUGAAUGUUUCCGAGUGCGAGAUAGAGGAUGUUGUGUGGAUGGGGGAAAGCGAGGUUGGGUGCAGCCUAAGCGACUUUUCUGUUCUGUUUGUUGAUGCUGAUGGGCCCAAGAUAUCGAAGAUCGGCAACCAUCAUGGCAAGGUCAGCGGCAUGGAGUACAAUGGGCUAGUACUGUCAACAUCGUCGUAUGAUGGCACUCUUGGGCUGUGGAACACAGCUUCUAUGAGCGGAAAUAGGAUGGAUGCACAUGAAGGCGGGGUUAAUGGGCACAGGUGGAUGAAUGACAGGAUCAUCACAUGCGGAUCCGACGGAUUUGUUAAGGUCUGGGAUGUGAAAAGCCCAGUGCCGACGCAUAAGCUGAAGCACGGAGAUAAUGUUAUGGCUGUUGACUGCUCCUCAUGUCUGGUUGCAAGCGGAUCUCUGGGUGGCAGAGUAAUGCUGAGCGAUACCAGAUGCAGGGAGGUUUACAGGUGCAAUGUAGAUGGAUGUGUUUCCAGCCUUUUAUUUUCCGAAAAUGGAUCUUAUCUGUGUAUCUGCGUAUCCGACGGCCCACCAAGACUGAUAAAUCUUAGGUAUUUUUGA